AUGGAUCUUCCACAAACCAAGGCAUCUAUGGCGAAAAUGGCCUACAGCAGACAAUUACUAUGGGAGCGUAAUCAGUCCUUACUAGCUGAAAAGCUGCGUGCUAAACAACGAAUGGAUCGAGUAGAUAGGCAAAGGAGGAGAGCUGGUCCAACGCGUUGUGGCAUCCAUUUUGCUGAUCGUCCUUCUGCCCAGAAUGUUCGUCGUCAAGGCAAUAGCGCUCCCGUAAGUGAACGAAAUCCUUCAGUGGAUCGUUCUUUGCAGUCGAUCAAUGAGGUUGCGGAAGGAGAUGAAAUGGAAACGGUACCGGCAGAUCCGACUCCGACUGAUCCGUCGAAGGACAAUGUUCGA